AUGUCUGCAGCUCUCUCUACAGGAGCUACAACCGAUGCUCCUGUUCCAACCUCGUCGCCAACCCCUCCACCAUCCACAACCACUGAACCCCCAACUACUACCGAUACUCCAACACCACCACCUACAACAACCCAUACCCCACCAACCACAUCCCAGCCUCCACCACAUACCACUACCGAUAGUCCUAACCCCGGCCCUUCACCCUCUCCUGACCCAUCAUCUGGAGGUGGUGGAGGCUCUGGAGGAGGAGGAAGCGGAGGAGGGGGAAGUAGCACUAAGACCUCGACCAGGAGCAGAUCGACCUCAAAAACUAGCAGCGGCAGCGAACCUACACAGUUGCCCGGAGGCAGCGGCAGUACUGGUGGUAGUGGCGGAGGCAGCACCGGUGGAGUCGAUGGCUCCAGCAGCAGCUCUCCCACUGAAUCCAAGUCCAUCAUCGGUCCUGUCAUUGGUGGUAUUGCCGCCGUGUUGGUUGUUGCAUUUCUGGUUGGGGUCUUCGUAAUGCGGUACCGGAAGAAGAACAAGAAGAGGCAGCGCCGACUCGACAUCCUGUUGGACCAAAAUGGACAGGGACAGGAUCAGUUCCAUGCAUUGGGACUCGGUGGAGGGUCAAAUGCCAGUGGGAAACCCAGGCCGAGCUCUAUUCAUAGCUCUGCCGCCAGGCCGUCGACACAUCUCGAUAUGGCCGCCAUAGCCGCUGCAGGAGGUGCCGGUGCAUUAGGAGCCAUGCAUCACGCCGGCGAUGGAUACGACAAUUACGAUUAUCAGCAAGGAUACCAGCAAGUCCCCUAUGGCGGAUACCAGGAUCAGUAUGACCAGUAUGAUCCGUAUUACCAGCAGCCCAUGCCUCCACAGUCUGGUACUCAAUUUCCGUCAGCAGGGUAUUACUCAGACUUGCCCAAUCUGCAGCAAGAACAAAUGGCCUACCAGCAACAGUAUCAACAACAGUCUUACGGAACUGGAUCGCCAUCGAUGACCCACUCCACAAUUGCAUCACCACCAAAGUCGUACCCUCAACCACCACCGGCUGCAGGAACAUCUCCUCGAACACCUCACCAGCAACAGCAAGCCUUGGCUCCAGGAGAGACGUAUGACAAGUUCGCAAAGAUCGAGGCCGGAGAUUACGCUAAUGCGCACUCGCUCGCGCGUAAUCCACAAAUCAUACCGGAGGGCGGCGCCAAGGUGUCUACGUAG